AUGACCGAGGGCGGUUCGAAAACUCCUAAGCCCCUCGACGUGUCGUUGCAGUCUGCGAACACAUGGGACAAUUGGCCACAGAGUUAUGAGUGGCAUGCCACUGCUAUCCAACUGCUCAAGAAACGCCCAGAAGUCCCCGAAGUUGCUAACUUAAUGAUAGUUAUCGGCAGAGAUGCGCAAAACGUUUUCAGAACGCUUCCCCUCUCUGAAGAAGACAAGAAGAAACUGGAAGUAGUGGAAACAAAGUUCAAGGAACACUUCACGCCAAAAAUAAGUCACGCCCACGAAAGAUACAAGUUUAAUGAAAUGAAAAAGAAACGUUCAGACGUGUUCCUCACUGCCGCACGACUCCAAGCAAAGAAAUCCCAGUUCGGUGAUCUGACAGAUGAGCUACUCAGAGACCGCAUCACCGUUGGAAUCACUAAUGACGAUGUCAGAGAAAAACUACUGGGCGAUCCGACGAUCGAUCUACAGAAAGCUGUGAACACGUGCAGAACAAGUGAACAAGCAUCUUAACAGCUCAAGAAAAUAAAAAAAUCAACAACGAAAGUUGUUGAUGCCAUCACGAAGAAAACUAAAAUAACGCAAAAAAAUGGCCACAGUGACAACGGAUCAAACGUGAAAGAAGGCAGGAACAAGAAAAGCAUGUACGUUUUGUGGAAAGUUCCACCUAGAGAAUGUCCAGCAUUUCGCAAAACAUGCAACAAAUGCAAGAAAGCAGGACACUUCGCAGCCGUGUGCCGAUCAAGCAGGAACAUAGUACAACAUAAUGUCCACACGGUUGAUGACCAACAGAACGCAGAGAGAGACAUAUGUGUCAGAGCUGAAGACAAGGCAAUGCGACAAGAAGAAAGCCAGUUUAAAUGUGGAACCAAGGUCAUGAUAAACUUGGACACUGGUGCCUAA